AUGUGCCGACAAGCCACCGGCAGCCCGACGCCGACCGACUGGCUGCGCUGGCACCGCGUUGCCGGCACAACGUGGGUCGGGCGCCCGCUGCUCGUUGUGCGUGCCCUGGCUGCCACAGCGUGUCUCUCGACCGCGCCUGUCGGCCUCAAACCAGUGGUCGGCGGUGGCAGCACCUUUGUGUCGACGCCACGCACGCUGCUCGAGUCGAUGGUGCUCGCCGGAGAGUCGCUCUGGCUUGUGUACGUCUUGAACGAACUCGUGCUUUUUUGGACAAGCCGGCGCACACGUCAGUUGGCGCCAAUCGUGGCCACGCUCGUCUUUGGCGUUAGCGUCCUUCUUGACGCCAUCUGGCCACCGACCGUGUCGGCGUCGAUCCACCGCAACUGCCGAGCCUUGCACGUCGACCACGACCUUUUAUGUUCGAGCGGCGUUGUCACGAUUGGGUACAUCGAUCGACUCGCCGUGUACCUGGGUGUGCAGUGCCUUGGCGGUCUUGUGUGCACGGUUCUGUGUCUCCUCUGGCCGUCUCCGAGUGCAUCGGUCGUUGCUCCGUCGCUUUUACUGCCGGGCUAUGCAACUGUGUAUUUCUGCGACAGCAGUAGUAACAGCUACGAGUGGCGCAUGGACCGCGUGCGGGCCGCACUUAGCGGCCUCGUCCUGUUUACUUACAAAGGCACGCUGCAUGUGUUUGAUUAUACUCUCUGGCGCUGCCUCUCGGCGAGUGAACUUGGCAUGCGCGAAGCUGCGGUCGCGACGUUCUCGCUGCCCCAUACAGAGCACACCGUGCGUGGCGACAGCCCCGGCCUGGCGCACAUGCGUAGCGUCGCGAGCUUCCGCGGCAUGCGCGUGCUCAUCAAGACGCGCUGGUUCGUCCGCGGGUCGUGGGCCCUUCUCGGGUUGGCGUACGUGGUGGUCUCGCUCGUCGGCAACGUCUACUACAUGACAGUCACGUCCCCGCGCGUGCUCGCGAAUGACUUUUACUGGGGCAAUUUCAACAGCUCGGGCGGCCACACGUUUCUCGCCAACCUCUUCAACACGCAGCUGCUUGCAGACAGGUCCUGCGAUAUCGCGCUCGAUGACCCUGCCCUCGGCGACAUUUGCCAGCUCUACAACUCGUCGACAACCGUCAUCGCAUUUCCCGAGACGCUCGGUCGUCGCCAGCUCUUCCGCCCUGUAGAAGACAGCUCCGAAGUCUUAACUACAGUCGUGCGCGACCUCCGCGCCAUGGACCCGUGUGCGAUGCCCGCCAUGUUUACGCAAUACUGCUGGCUCGACUUUGCGCGUCGCUAUGCAAUGGCGAGCUCCGCCGCGCGUCAAGAUCGGUGCGCUACGACCAUGUGGGCGAAUGGCGCUGUGUACCUCGAAGGUGUUUUGCGCAACCUCCGGAGCUGGGACGACUGGCAGCGCUGCUGGGGUCGCUCGUUCCAGCUCGGUUUUGCUGAUGACUUGGAGCGCACGAGUGACGGUCGUCGCUGGCUCGAGAGCACCAAAGACGUGUCGACGACACUUGGUGACGAAGUGGUCUAUUGGCAAGCGCAGCGCAUACGUCACUUCACGCUGCAGUGGCAAAACUACAAGACACUCGGCUUUGCCGACAGCUUUCGCAUCACCAACGCGUUGGGGUUCGACUACGAUCUGACACUGGCCCUCGUGGAUAGCGAGGUGCACUGGCACCAGCAGACGUCGCUCAAGAUGUACUGGUCGUUUGCGUCCGACCUCUGGGCCAUUGCGACCAACACGACGUUUGUCGGUGGGCGUAGUCUGCUGCGUGCGAGCGCGCGCUUUGCCUUUGCCAACGUGACGAGCGCGAUGCUACUGACGCAGAACCUCACGCUCCCGAGUCCACUUCCGGCCGGACUGACGCUGCUGGCAUCGACGAUCGGGCCGUUUGGCAGCGUGGACAUGGUCUACGUGCCGUUCUGA